CCGAAGCACAGUGCAGAAUCGAGCGCGCACUACACUUACAGAAACCUCCGAGUACCGACAGAGAUGGCGUCACUGGCGUGCAUCCAAUGGAUCCGCGACGAGCUGGAGGCUCACGAUGACCUCAAAGAUCUCAACCCUCCGCUCGUGGACACCAAGUCGCUGUGCGAGUUCGUGACGGACGGCCGCGCGCUGUGUCUGCUGACGAAUGCCGUGCUAGAGGGAGAGGAGAACGAGCUUCCCAAGAAGCUGCAGCGCUCGCUCCGUCAACUCAGCAAGUUCCACGCGCUUGAACGCGUGCAGUUUUUCAUCAAAUGGUGCCGCACACGCGCCAUGCUUGAGGAGCACCAGGUAUUCACGACUGUGCAGCUAAUAGACGAAGUGAACGAGACGGCGGUAUCGGAGACGAUCGUGGCGCUACGCAACAAGACGCGACCCGGUCUGAAGGCCUCCAACGCGCUGUGUCAGUACUAUUUCGACGGAGAUAACAACCGUGUGUCCAGUACCAGUAGCACGACCAGUACCGGCAGCUCCAGCGGCGCCAACAACGCCAAUCGCCUCAGCUCGUUCCUCAACAAGUUCCCAUCUGCGCCUGUGGUGGCCACCAAGGCGUCGUCACAAAACAAGCCACCGCUAAGCAACCGAGUGUCUCUCACCUCCAGUGUGGCCAGUAGCAACCCAUCGCCACGCGAACUGGAGGAGCCAGUGCCUGGAGAUGAAGACAACAGCAACAAGUCCCGCCUGCGCAUCCCGUCGAUCUUCAAGAGCAGCAGCAGCAACAGCAACAACAACUCGCACACGCCACGCAGCAGCGUCAUCAGCAACGCGUCGUCCACGGCCUCUACAAGCAAAGAGGAGGGUCAGUCUCGCUCCUGGUCCAGCAAACUCUCGGCCUUCUCUCGCAGUGUCUCGUCGUCGUCCAAUGCGUCGGCUCCCCAGUCCACUCCCACAGCCGCUGAGCUGGACAACAGCAACACGCCGCCCUCGUCACCUCCUGCGUCGCCCCACAACCGAGUGAGCAUCCCCUCAGCGUUCUCAGCGCCUGCACCGGCUGCUCCCAAGUCGAUGUCCAAGUUGUCGGCCUUCCUCAGUAGUGUGGAGACGACACCGGUGGCUCCUGCUUCGAGUGCUCCGUCACGGGAUACCAAGGCUGCAGAACCGACUGUAGAGGCCACACCGGAGGAGGAGGAAGAGGAGGAAGAGCGACCGGAGCCUGCGGUUGAAGACAACCAAGCUGAAGAGGAAAAGGAGCGUGCAUCAAUCAAGGAAGAGGCCCCUGCUACGAGCGAGAACCAGGACGUGGAGGAGCAGCAGAAGUCGCUGAAGAAGCCUGCGUCGAGUGCGAAGCUGCUCGCGUUCUUGCAGAAGGUCGAGCCUGCCAGUGUGACGCCCGCUAAGGUCGACAUUUCGGAAGACGAGGACGAUGACUUUGUUGCUGUGGAAGCUGAGGACAUUUCCACCGAAGACGAGGCUGCUGUUGAGGAGGAGACCCCAGUGGAGGAAGAGACCGCUGUUGAGACGGAGAGCGAGGAGGAAGACGAGUCUGUGGCUACAUCUGACGCGCUGGAGGAUGAGGAGACGUCGGUGGAAGAAGCCGAGGUGGCGCCUGAAGUGGUUGAGGAGCAGGUGGAAGCGUCAAAGGAAGAGACAUCCGAGGAGGAGGCGGAGGCUCCAGAAGAUGAGACCCCGGAGGAACUGAAGGUUGAGACUGCUGCUCCCGUAGCGGAGGCGAUUGCAGUGUCUCCAGAGUUGCUACAGGAGAACGAGCGUCUUGCAUCGGAGAGUGAAGCACUCACGCAGAAGCUGCAGACGGCUGAGGCUUCAGUCGCAACAAAGGACACCGAGCUGGAGUCGCUUAAGCACGAACUUGAGCUGCUGAAGGCGCAACUGCAGGAGGAACAGGCUAGUGCACAGGAGAAGCUUCUGGCGGCUGAGAAGAAGCAGGACGAGCUCGUCACUGAAGCUGCUACGGCUCGUGCUGAGGUAGCCAAGUCGCAGGAAGCAGCGACAGAGGCGUCUUCGGCCUCGAGGGAGGUGAAGGAGGCCAAGAUCCAGAUGAAGGAGCUGGCAGUACAGAACGAAAGCCUCAAGGCCGAUCUCACCAGCCUGCGUGAGGAAGUCCAGACGCUAGAGCAGUCAGUGCAGCUAGCUCGUGACAGCGAGGAGGCAGCGAGAUACGCUGCCCAAGUGGCGUUCGCGGCUCGUGACUCGGCGGACGAAGUGAACCAGCAAUUGAAGGACCAACUCGCACAGCUCGAGAAGUAGAAUCCAAAAGGACGAUGUGUGUGUACGUACGCAAGGAUCAAAGGCCAAGUGGAGCUUGAGGUAACGACAUGAUUAAGUUUUUGAAUUGUUUUGCGGACUUUUUUUUGCUAUUUAUUUCUUCUCUACGAAAAAGUUAUACUGUAUGUGAGCGGUUUAGAUGGAGUCGGUCUGGUAUCCUGCAAGGCUUCGUCGUAGUACAAGCGCACUACCGAAUCCUACGAUCAUAAAGAUGCAAACUACUACGGCGAAGAGGCCGAGGAGAUGAAGCGUACUUCGAAGAUAAGCCUGGACGUCAAAUGCUGACCAUUCUGGACAUUUGCCGCAUGGAGCAAUCUGCAGCAUAAGAACAAAAUAAGUAAGCAGCAUAAUACAGGUUAGUGUUUUGUGGCGCUGUCAGACACAGGAUAAACUGACGUACAUCGUUCUGCUCGUAGCCCUGGUCAGCUUCGGCGUUGAGUACCGUCAUCCCUUCCUUGCAGUCGCC